AUGUUUACAGUCACUUGUUAUCAUCUUUUUGACAUUCUCCAGGCUUUGGAGCAAUUGCAUCUGGAGCUAGAACUGACAAACACCCGCUUGAACAUCGCUACAGGAAAGCCGAUAACCUUCAACUCGGACGCUAUUUCAGGCGCAAGUCUGCUUUUCCCACUGACCAACCUUGUCAUCUCCCAGCGUUUAGACCGAAGGAAACCGAUUGCAUCUAUUCCACUUUCUACGUCGAACUCGAGUUUGCCCACCGUCAACGGCGGGCUUGGCCACACUUCGAACGGCAUUCCAUGCAUUCAGGCCAACCCGUCCAGCUCUCUCACCAACCUUUCAAUCCGCCACGACACUACCGGCGCCGUCGACAUUGCCUCUGUCUUGAGGGAGGAUGAUCUAGAAUCUGUCCUAAAGAAGCUGGAAAGGGAAGCCGACAAAGUCACAGAUUGGCAACUUAAAGAACCCUUCAAUAUACCCCUUUACGUGAAUGGGGGAGAACAUUAUCAGACGCCUUCUUGCUUGUCUAGAAUGGCUGUUUCGUUGGACGACAUGAGCAUCGGUGAGGUGAGGAAGAGGAUCAAAUCGGAGGGGCUACAACGAGAACAGGAACAAUGCCGGCUCGGUGUUACCAGCAAUCUACAACGGGACCCAGAUGAGGGCGAAAGUUCAAUCCAUUCUGGAUGA